AUCAUCACCCACAACACACACUCAUGGCUUCUUCUUCCUCCAUCUCCAUCACCACCAUCAUCACUUUCCUCUUCCUCUUCCUCCUCCACACCACCGCCAAAAAAACCUACAUCAUCCGCGUCAAACACUCCGAUAAACCAGAAUCAUUCCUCACUCACCACGAUUGGUACUCAUCCCAACUCCAAUCACAAUCAUCUCUUCUCUACACUUACACAACCUCCUUCCAUGGCUUCUCCGCUUACCUCGACUCCAACGAAGCCGAUUCUCUCCUCUCCUCAAACUCAAUCCUCGAUAUCUUCGAAGAUCCUCUCUACACACUUCACACUACUCGUACACCUGAAUUCCUCGGUCUCAAUUCCGAAUUCGGUGUCUACACUGGUCAAGAUCUUGCUUCAGCUUCUAAUGGCGUUAUCAUCGGAGUUUUAGAUACUGGUGUUUGGCCUGAAUCUAAAAGUUUUGAUGAUACUGAUAUGCCUGAGAUUCCUUCUAAAUGGAAAGGUGAAUGUGAAUCUGGCUCCGAUUUCGAUUCGAAGUUGUGUAACAAGAAGUUAAUCGGAGCUAGAAGCUUCUCCAAAGGAUUUCAAAUGGCUUCAGGAGGUGGUUUUUCGAGUAAGCGUGAAUCUGUUUCUCCUCGUGAUGUUGAUGGACAUGGAACACAUACUUCAACAACCGCCGCUGGAUCCGCCGUUAGAAACGCUAGUUUCCUCGGUUACGCCGCCGGUACAGCGAGAGGUAUGGCGACUCAUGCUCGUGUUGCUACUUAUAAGGUUUGUUGGAGUAGUGGUUGUUUUGGAUCUGAUAUUUUAGCUGCUAUGGAUCGAGCUAUACUUGAUGGUGUUGAUGUGCUUUCGUUAUCUCUUGGUGGUGGUUCGGCUCCGUAUUAUCGCGAUACGAUUGCGAUUGGAUCGUUUUCGGCUAUGGAGAGAGGUGUUUUUGUGUCUUGUUCAGCUGGGAAUAGUGGUCCGACUAGAGCUUCUGUUGCUAAUGUUGCGCCUUGGGUUAUGACUGUUGGUGCUGGGACUUUAGAUAGAGAUUUUCCGGCUUUUGCGAAUCUCGGUAACGGGAAAAGACUUACCGGUGUUUCGUUAUAUAGCGGUGAAGGAAUGGGGACGAAACCGCUUGAGUUGGUUUAUAAUAAAGGGAAUAGUAGUUCGAGUAAUCUUUGUUUACCUGGUUCGCUUGAUUCGGGUAUUGUUCGUGGUAAAAUCGUUGUUUGUGAUAGAGGUGUUAAUGCUAGAGUUGAGAAAGGAGCUGUGGUGAGAGAUGCUGGUGGUUUAGGGAUGAUAAUGGCGAAUACUGCGGCGAGUGGAGAGGAGCUUGUGGCGGAUAGUCAUUUGCUUCCGGCGAUUGCUGUAGGGAAGAAGACUGGUGAUUUACUUAGGGAGUAUGUUAAGUCAGAUUCUAAUCCAACGGCUGUUCUUGUUUUUAAAGGAACGGUUCUUGACGUUAAGCCGUCUCCUGUGGUUGCUGCUUUUAGCUCGAGAGGUCCGAAUACUGUUACUCCUGAAAUCUUGAAACCUGAUGUUAUUGGUCCUGGAGUUAACAUCUUGGCUGGUUGGUCUGACGCUAUUGGUCCUACUGGUCUUGAGAAGGACUCGAGGAGGACUCAGUUCAACAUCAUGUCAGGUACGUCAAUGUCAUGCCCACACAUCAGUGGUUUAGCUGGUCUUUUGAAAGCAGCUCACCCGGAGUGGAGUCCGAGUGCUAUCAAAUCAGCCCUCAUGACCACAGCUUACGUUCUUGACAACACCAAUGCCCCUCUCCAUGAUGCUGCAGACAACAGCCUCUCUAACCCACAUGCUCACGGCUCGGGCCAUGUAGAUCCUCAAAAGGCUCUUUCACCGGGUCUCGUCUACGAUAUCUCCACCGAGGAAUACAUCAGGUUCUUGUGCUCUCUAGACUACACAGUAGAUCACAUUGUUGCGAUUGUGAAGCGACCUAGCGUCAACUGCUCAAAGAAGUUCUCUGAUCCUGGUCAGCUCAACUACCCAAGUUUCUCGGUUUUGUUUGGGGGUAAAAGAGUUGUGCGGUACACUCGGGAAGUAACAAAUGUUGGUGCAGCAAGCUCGGUUUACAAAGUGACGGUUAAUGGAGCUCCUAGUGUUGCGAUCUCAGUUAAACCAUCAAAACUUUCGUUUAGAACCGUGGGAGAGAAGAAGAGGUACACAGUCACGUUUGUGAGCAAGAAAGGAGUGAGUAUGACAAACAAGGCCGAGUUUGGAUCCAUCACUUGGAGCAAUCCGCAGCACGAAGUGAGAAGUCCCAUCGCAUUCUCUUGGAACCGGUUUUGAUAAACAUCUAACAUCCCUAGUGAUGUUUUCUAUUUAAGUUAUCUUACUGUUGGUUGGGGGUUGAUUUCGGUUUCUACAUGAUUGGGUUUAGGCUAAACCAAAACCCAUCCUAAGCCAUAACUAGUGGGAAGUGUUCUUGUUUGGUUUGGUUUGAGUCAUUGAGUGUGUAGGUGAAAGCAUCCCAAAAAAGUUAGGGAUGAUAAAAGAAAAUGUUGUCA